AUGGAUGAGCACACCUUCCUAGUGAACAAGGAGAGGGCUGUCGAUUACCUCAACUCUUUGGAUAAGGUAUUUGUGAAUGACCAAUUCCUCAACUGGGAUCCCGAGCAUCGAAUCAAAGUUCAAAUUGUCUCUGCAAGGGCCUAUCAUUCCCUGUUCAUGCACAACAUGUGCAUCCGUCCUACGCCUGAAGAACUGGAGGAUUUCAGUACUCCGGACUUCACAAUUUACAAUGCUGGCCAGUUUCCAUGUAAUCGAUACACACACUACAUGACUACCUCCACCAGCAUUGAUCUUAAUCUUGAUAGGAAAGAAAUGGUCAUCCUUGGCACACAGUAUGCCGAGGAGAUGAAGAAGGGUUUGUUCGGUGUGAUGCACUAUCUAAUGCCUAAAAGAAACAUUCUCUCCCUGCACUCUAGCAACAAUAUGGGCAAAGAUGGUGAUGUUGCCCUCUUCUUUGGACUAUCAGGUAAGUGUUGUGUUGGGUUCAUGAAAACAAUUUACUCCAACGAAGAAAUUGACGAAGUGCGAUCUGAAUAG